AUGCUUGAGCAAAUUGCUCCUGUUCAAGCAACCUUUUCAAACGAUGUAAAUGACAUUUUUCAUGACCGUAGACUGAGUGACUUGUUACCAGCAGAUUUUAUUCGUCAAAUAGGCUUUGAUCCAGAUCAAUACAUAUUUCAAACAACACCACAAUCUAGAAUGCGUCGCCGUAGAACAGAGCCAACACUUACUUUGUUUGAUCCCGCUCCAGUUCCUUCAAGGAGGCGUUCCGAAGUAACGGAUAUCAUGUACGGACAGAUGAACAUGGCUCAAGGACAGUCAUUAAUCGCUCAAUUACCACAAAUGCCACCAGGAACCAAGUUCUACUGUUAUGAAGUCAGAUUAUCCGAUUUUAUUAUUCACGCAUAUUCUUUCCAACAACUUAACUGGGAAAAAGGUUCAGGUGUCUUUAUUAGAGAUGGAAGAUAUAUCAGAUAUGGCCAAAUUACUAAAAAUCUCCAAAUAAAAGAUACUGAUCCGAAUGCUCUUCAGAUUGUUGGACAAGAUAUCAAAGGCGCUGUAGGUGAUUUCAUUUAUGGCGUUAAUCAAAUCGCACAAAAAAUCGUUCCAAACUUAAUACUCCAGUCAGGAUCAAAAGUGAAAUUUAUUUCAGUCGAAAUCGUAUCUUAUCAAGCAAGAUCACUAAUUCGAGUUAAAGUUACUAAUGCAGACGAUCCUUACCUCUUAUACGUAAUGCAAAAACUUAUAUAUAUAUUUGGACCUCCAGUCGAGGUUUACGAUGACCUAAGUGCUUGA